AUGCCUCUGAGUGCGACAAUGGUGGGAGCUUUGCUGGGUCUCGGUACCCAGAUGUACUCCAACGCUCUCCGCAAGCUCCCUUACAUGCGCCAUCCGUGGGAGCAUGUGGUGGGUAUGGGACUCGGUGCUGUGUUUGCGAACCAGCUCGUGAAAUGGGAUGUUAAGCUUAAGGAAGAUCUCGAGGUCAUGCUCGAUAAGGCCAGAGCUGCUAAUGAGCGCCGUUACUUUGAUGAAGAUCGGGAUUAG